CGGGAAGACGCGAUUCUGGGAGACAAUGAGCUUCAUCUUCUCGGAACUCCGACGCUCGGAGCGGCUGCUCCCUGUGGAGGACAACGCGUCGUUCCAGCGCAUCUCAUCAUGGCGGCCACUGUUCGUGGACCCAGAGGAGCAUCCGGCCCUCUACGAACAUGUGGCCUUCUUCCGGAGCGACGCUGAGCGAAACUCACGAUGGCUGCACACCGUGCGCUCUGCUCGUGUGUCCACGCGACAGGUUCCCUUCAUCUCCCUGGCGGAGCCUGCUCCCCCUGGCAAGGCGCCGGAGGCAACAACACAAGUCCCAGCUGUCAGCCGUGGGGACGAGGACGAUAAUGGCAACCUACCACUGCAUUUGUGUCAAAACCGCGUGGCAGCAGUGGCACCAUACGAAUGCUUUAUGUGUCCGACGCUUCUCUUCAGCCCGUUACGAUCCUCGUUCACAACAAGAAUGGUGCACAUGGCGUUGAACUUGUCUCUUCCUGCACAAGAGGUUUUUCUGUUUGUCUCUAUGAUGUUUGUGUACCUGGAUGUCGUCAUGGCGGUUACUGUGCCGCAGGCGUUGCGCUUUCAGGAGCUUACUGAUGUGCUGGAGCAACGGUGCGCGCAACUCUUCGAGUCAUCGGCAACAAGCGGUGAUGCGCCACAGCGAAAGGCGUUUAGGACAGUGUUGAAUGCAGCUUUAGAGCUGUGGAAGGAGAGACGCGAGGCGACAGUGUCGGCGCGGUUUCCUUUGGGUACGCUUACGGCCUCUGUGUGUCUGCGUGACAUUGAUCAUAGGGCGUAUCAUGCGUUCACACCUUCUGCGCCGCGUGACACAAAGCGGGAGCAUCAUCCGUUUCAGCUCCCACCGUUAGCCGCCGACGCACUCGUCUCACACUUUUUGCCUACCUGGGAGCGCCUUCUGCAGGCCAUGUCUCGCGAUGUUUCGGUUCUGGCCACACUACAUGAACAGCUGCUUCACCACAGGGACGGUAUGACGCAUGUGCGUCAGCCCAGGGUUGACAACAUUUUUGCGUCAAUGAAUGCCCUGCCACAGAGCAAGGAGGAACUGGCGGAUUUUGUCUGCCGCCUCGGCUCCUCGCUUUGGGCCUCCUUGGACAUGGCGAGGAGCAUUGUGCUGUCCAAGCCCCAGUUGCAGUUUGUCAGCAAGGUCAUCCAGCACGAGUUUUUCGCGACGUCGUUGCGUCUGCGCCAGCGCGGUGUGCAGGAGCUGCGCGUGCGCCGCGUCAGCCCGGUGAAUCUCGCACUGACGGUCAUCCAGGACGAUGGGCGGGAGGCAGAAGUGGGACGUCCUGCGGGAUUUCUCGUGGGGCGCACCGCGAUGGGCGACAACAAGCCGAGGAGCGACAGCGCCUCAAAGGACGGGACGGACGCUGCCAAGAGUAAUAUACCGCUCUGGCUGGUGGCGGAAGGCGGCCUUGACGUUGCGCGGACGUUUUUGCAACAUCUUCUGCGGGACCCACGUCCCACGACGUCCCUUGCAGCUCUGCCGUCGUGCCCCAAUGAUGGUGGACGCGGCUGUAGUGUGGCGGACGCCCCAAGCAAUGACGCAAAGGGAACAGCAACGGUGGAAGAGCAACGGUUUCUGCUGCUGACUCGCAUGGAAGAAGGAGUUUUGUUUCGCAUUUUUCAGAGUCAUCCGAAUGCGCUUCAGCUAGCAGGCUGCGGCAUUCAGCAACUACUCGUGCGCAAGACGGAUGGCCAGCCAUUUCUGCAGCGUGUGUGCGGUGCAGUUUUGGCGUGGGACGUCUGUGAAUGCUAUGAUUCACAACAGACGCCAAAGUUGCGGCGACCCGCGCAGAUCAUCACUGCAGAGGCUCCGUUUCCUCCACCGGAGGGCGUUGCGCCGUCUCGGCUGACGCUGAAGGCGCUGCGAGGAAUGGUGCAACACUACUGGAAGGCGCUGCUCGUAGCGCAAACGCGGGGGGAGGGCUCACGGAAUUCGGCGUUGAUGAGGACGACACUGUUCCCGAUUGACAAGUUGGUUGCAUUCUACGUCUUGCGGCACCAUCCGCAGUACUACACACGAAUGCGGGGCUGCGGCAUUGCUGAUGUGUGUGUGCAGCGGCAACUGCGAUCUGCUGGCAGCGGCAGACCUCCCCAUGUCGUGGCUUCUGAAGUGAUGCUGGAAGAGGACCAAACCGUGACGGAGGACACGAGCGGAUACGUGCCUACACUUGCUGUGCUACAUCCUUGUGGGGCGGUUACAGCCUUUGCGUACGAGGACUGCUACAGUCCUGUCACUAACCGACUGAACCUACCACUGCUGCUUGAAAACGAAGCUGGUGACGCGAAUGAUGCCACGUACUGCCAAACACCAUCGUCAAGGAAACGACCCCUCUCCAUGGCGUCUGAGUGA